AUGCGUCGAUUUCAGCGUAGCGGCGUCUUUGGGUUGUGUCCGGCCCGCUUUUUUAUCGUCGGUACUCGCGGAAAUAUCCCUGAAAUUGGUUCCUUAUCUGCGUUUGAAAGUAGACGCAGGAGGCGUAUGAGACUUAGUAGUGAAAAUGCAAGAGAUCACAAACAAAAAAACAGUGUAUCUCAGGUGCCGGUGGUGGAUGAAGAUGAGGCGAAGUCGGUCUGCUUUGAGAACUAUGGGUUUCUUCAAAAGCCUUUACAGUUUGCCCUUUGGUCAGAAUUUUUGCAAGAGCUUCGCCGGAUCGAGUUUCGUUGGACUUUGGCUCCAAGUGCUGGCGGCGUUAUUGUGUUUACUGUUUUGGAACACGGAGUAGAAGGCGAAAAGGUGUUAUGCAAACUAAAUGGGUCCACAGGAUCCUCACCGAUUGCGGAGUUUUUUGAGUGCUGCGGAAUUCUUACUCAAGGGACCUGUGACAAACGUUCUGUAAGAUUCCUAGAUCUUGACGGUAGUGGGCAUGUGCUUAGCGUUGUGUCCAAGCGAAAAAUCGAUGCUAAUAAUGCAGCCCCCCCUGUAUGUGAUGAACCAAUUCUACCUGUGUUAGCUCAGUACAAUUGCAGAGGAACAUCAGUGGAUGUUUCGGUAAUAAAUGUCAGGACAGAUGUCGUCACUCCUGUGUUCCAUGAACUAUCUUUGCAGACCUUUAAUUACGCUUUUCUGACUUCGAUACCCGUAUUUCUUAAACGUGCCGAUGUAGGGAUAAGGAACGCUGACUUUGUCUCGAAGGAGCAAAUGCGGCACUUUCGUUUUGCAUGGUGCUUUCUGCGGCGGGAAUCAAUGAUGACAGCCGUUGAAAUGAACGAGUUGGAUUUCUUAUUACCGCCUUGA